CGGCGAGGCCGAGCAGCAUUUUGACUCGCGGUGCCGCCGUCCAGCGACAUUCUCACGCCCCCCAUCUCCUUCUCCGCCCGCUUCUUUUCGGCGACAAGAACCUCUCUACUCGCCGCCGCUUGCGUCGCGCUCGGCUUCGCGCCCUUCGUUCUCCGCCUCCUUUGUGUGUGGGGGGGACCGGCCGGAUAGCUGGUUGUGGCCGCUGUCCGUACGGUUCGAAGCUGUCACUAGUUCUUCUCGUCGUCCUCGGGCGGGCAGAGGUUCUCGCCCACCAAACCGGCACGCCAUAACUCUCGGGGGGGAAGGAGGUCAGGAUUGUUGUGGUGGGGAAUUGGAGGGAAAUGGCGACGGAGUGGUCCGACGGUGGCGAGGAGUUCUUGCUGCCGGAUGAGUUCCUCGACGACGACUUCUUCUCCGAGGAGGAGAAGGCCGCCGUGGCCGCGAGGAGCGAUAGCAGCGACGAGGAGGAUUGCUUGGCCGGCCUCUCCCGCCGCCUCGCCGGGCUUCUUGGUGACGACGGCGAGCGCGACGCGCCUCCCAAGGCGGAGGUGACGGUUGGUUCGCCGCAGUCGACGCUGUGUGGGCUGCCCAAGUCCGGCCAGGAGAGCCCGAACGGCGGGGCGUCUCAGGUGAGCUCGCCGCCGUCGUCGCCGUUGGAGCAGAAGCCGGCGGACCCGUGGGACAUGCUCUAUGAGGCGGCAGGUCAGGUGGCGCGCAUGCGGGUCACCAACAGCAUCCCGGUGCCGAACAAUCCCUACGGCUUCCCCGCCCACGGUGGCUUUGCCGCUCCGGCGCGCAAGGCCUCGCCGCCGCCUCCCGUUUCUCCACCGGCAACAAAGGUCGCUCCCGCCGCCUACUACCAUCCGCUCGCCCAGUUGCUUACACAGCGCCAGAUUCAAGCCGCACAGUUUCAUCUCCUCAAGCAGCAGCAGCUGCUGAAGUUGCAGAGGGAUCGGCAUCUCGCCGCGGCCGCCGCGUGGGGCGCGAGGCAGACGGCAGCGGCGAAGACCGCCGGGUGCGGAGUCGCCGCGUCGCCUGUCGACAUGAACCCUGCGGCGUGGCCUCCCUUGCAGAAGCAGCAGCACGCGCCGGCACCCGGAGUCGGGGGUGGCGGCGGCGGCGGCAUGCGCGCCGUGUUCCUCACCCCGCCCGGCGCCAAGCGCGAGCGCAACGGCACCGGCGUCUUCCUCCCUCGCCCGGCCGGCGCACCGGCGGAGCCCAAGAGAAAGACAGGCUGCUCGACUGUUCUUGUCCCCGCCCGUGUCGUGCAAGCGCUCAAUCUCAACCUCGACGACCUCGGCGCCCAGCCUCGCUACCCCGGCGGUUUCGUUCUCGAUCACGACGCUUUGAUUAACCGGAGCAACGCCAUGCUGGCCAGCCAGAAGCGGCGCGCGUCUCCAGCCGUGCCGUCGCCGGCGCCGGCGCCUGCGCUCUGCCACAGUUCGUGAACUUUUUUGUGUCGGCCGGAGCAGACGAAGGAUGAUGCACCAAGAUUCCGGCGGCCCCCUUCUGGCUUUGCGUCAAGUUUAAUCAUAUUAAUUAAAGUUAGUAACAGUACUUCGUCUGUUAGGUGGUAGUAUUAGCCAAAGAGGGUAGUAGGAGGCAGUAGUAUCAUCAGCGUUAGGUUUGUUUGUUUGAUUGGUGAUAUAUUGGUUUUUUGGUGUGGACGGAAAGCGGCGGAGAUGGAGACGGAGACGACGUGCAGUAGAGGAAAUCCAUGUCUUCGGUUUGGUGGUUUGGCAGAGUGGUUUGGAAGGAAUAAUAAUAAGUGGUUCUUUUGGAGGGCGAGAGAGAAAUGUUAGCGGCUUGUGCAGCUUGCAAGCAAGAAGUGACAAGGUAUCAUCAAAGUGGUUUAUGGAUGGGUCAUCUUGGGGGAGCCAAAAAUAAACCCAUUUCUACAUCAUCCAUGGCUUUGCUUGCUUUGGGUGCUUGCCAAGAAGUGAAGUACCAGCGCACACCCAGCUAUAAGGUCUCUCUCCCUCCUCCCUCCUUUUUGCAGUCUUUUACUUGCAAAAGAAGCUUGCCGUGGGCUCCGUGAAUAAGGGCGUUCCUUUCUUAAGGAAAAAAAAGAAAAGGAAACUAUGAAUUUAAUUGCCAUUUUUCUUGUACUAGCUUAUAGGUGCCCUAACCUUCUGUUUUGGUUCGGUACAAUAAGAUUCUUAUUUAGGGGUGUAGUAGUUCGGUGCUUAGCCGCAGCAGCAGCAAAGUUGGGCUGGGUGUUGUUAAACAACAGUUGUAUUUGUACCAUCAAAGCCUUAAUAUAUGAAUGAUGGUGAGUAUUUCUUACUAGUUGACAAUAAAUA